AUGGAAGUUAGCAGCUCAAAGAACCCCUCCGAAAUAUCGAAGCGGUUCAGCGAAGCGGUGAAAGAAAUUGAAAGUCAACUAUCAAAACCAACGCCUACAAUAGAUUUCAAAAAGCUCAAAAGUGAAAUAAUUGCAUUGUCCAAUGAUCUUACCUCGAUUUCAGGGAACUUGCCCUCAUAUGGCAUCAAAAUGUAUACCGCUACGAUCGAUAACCUGCUGAAACGGGUAAACUCAGAGGAACUCCAAUCUCAAGUCUCGCAGAUGCCUGUCAAAUCUUUCAAAUUUAAACAGAAGCCCAGACUUCUGAAUAAAAUGAAUGCGCUAGAUCAGGUACGUAUCGAGGAUAAUUUAAAAGAUGACUCGCCGAUCAUAAUGAACACGGAAUUUACCCUUGAGCGAGGCAAGAGUUUCUUUCAGAACCUCAAGUACUGUACCAUUUCUGAUGGCUUGGUCCAUGAAAAUUCAGGUAAGGGUACUUCCUUGGCAUCUGGAACAUUACACGUCCGUAAAAUUGACUCAUGUCUCAUUAAUGUUAGUCGGCUGCCCUUUUCCCAAGGCAGCAUAUUUUUAGAGGACUGUAAAAACUCCAUAAUCAUUAUGAAGCUCAAUUAUCAAGCAGACUUUAGUGCCUCAAAUAAUAUUCAAGUGCGAUUGACCAAAUUGGUGAACUGUUCAUUAUGCAUCUUAAAAGAAGGCGAGGAUAGGCAAGUUAUUGUCAUGGAGCAGUGUUCAAACUGUACAUUUCACGAAUGCACUAGAAAACAUAUUCAUAUUCAAGAUUUCAGUGACUUGAAUUUAGGUGCCGCACAUGUUUCAUCGAACUACCAAUUCAACAGCUUCGAGCUAUUUGACUUUGAUACCAGUGCAUUGAAAACCUUGAUUAGCUAA